AUGUUCUACAGCGCGGAGAUUGAGGACAGAGUCAAGAUUUCUCUGAGCCAUCUGGAAAAGGAAAAGGAGGUUUUUGAGGAGCUGAAGAGAAAGUAUGUCGGAAGGAUGCUGGGAGAUUGCAGCAUAUGUAUUCUUGUGGCAAGGGUUAUGGAGGUCUAUGAGUACAAGGUAUGCGACGAGUUUCUGAUUGCAAGAGUAUGGUUUGAGGUGCUUCUCUUCAAGUUUUUCGAGGGCGAGGUGGUGUGCGGAGAGAUACUGGAGCAAAGUGAGGAGGGAAUGAGGCUUGGAGUGUCUUUUUUUAGUGAGCUCUGGGUUACGAAGAGCGGUCUUCCGCCUGCAACGGAAAAAGUAUAUGUGAAUGACUGUGGAGAAAAGCAGCUUGUGUGGGUAUGGAUAUACAGAGGGAGCAAGCUGUACUUCAGAAGAAAUGCACAUGUGAGGUUCCGGGUUCUGGAUAAUGAGAAGGGGUCUUCCACUGUUUUGUGCGUCCUCAACGAGGCAGGGCUAGGGCCGCUGGAGUGGUGGGUGUAG